CUUCCUGGCCCUGCAGCCGCCGGCAGCGAGGCCACAGCCGGGGCCGGGGGCGGCGGCGCCCGCAGCCCGCCCGCCACCACCACCGCCACCACCAUGCCCUUUGACUUCAGGAGGUUUGACAUCUACAGGAAGGUGCCAAAAGACCUUACACAGCCAACCUACACAGGGGCCAUUAUCUCUGUCUGCUGCUGUCUCUUCAUAUUGUUUCUCUUCCUGUCUGAGCUCACCGGAUUCAUAGCCACUGAAAUAGUUAAUGAGCUCUACGUGGAUGACCCAGACAAAGACAGUGGAGGGAAAAUAGAAGUGAACCUGAACAUCAGUUUGCCAAACCUGCACUGUGAAUUGGUUGGACUGGACAUCCAGGAUGAAAUGGGAAGGCACGAAGUGGGUCACAUUGACAACUCGAUGAAGAUCCCUCUCAAUAAUGGGGAUGGCUGCAGGUUUGAGGGCCAUUUCAGCAUCAACAAGGUCCCUGGUAACUUCCACGUGUCGACGCACAGCGCGACGGCGCAGCCCCAGAACCCCGACAUGACUCACGUCAUCCACAAGCUCUCAUUUGGGGACAAGUUACAGGUCCAUAACGUUCACGGAGCAUUCAAUGCCUUGGAGGGAGCAGACAAGCUCAGCUCAAACCCCCUUGCCUCUCACGACUACAUCCUGAAGAUUGUGCCCACGGUGUACGAGGACAUGAGCGGCAAGCAGCGAUACUCCUACCAGUACACGGUGGCAAACAAGGAAUACGUAGCCUACAGCCACACCGGCCGCAUCAUCCCGGCCAUCUGGUUCCGCUACGACCUGAGCCCCAUCACAGUGAAAUACACAGAGAGGAGACAGCCUUUGUACAGGUUUAUCACAUCGAUAUGUGCCAUCAUUGGAGGAACAUUUACUGUAGCUGGGAUCCUCGACUCCUGCAUUUUCACAGCAUCAGAGGCCUGGAAGAAAAUCCAGCUGGGCAAAAUGCAGUAGCAGUGAAACUCUACCCUCGACUCCAAGGACAGGAGCAAAGAUUGAGAAAUUUACCACUACCUGUUUUUGUCUUUAUUUUCUAUUUGAUUGAAUCAGUAUGGUUUGGUUUUUGUUUUUUUUUUUCUAAUCAGGCUGUUCAGUGAAGACAAAUCAACAAAUCAAAGAAAUCUCCAUGCAUUUCAGAGCUCUGAGAGGGAAAAAUCAGUGGAAUCAGGGUGUGGAUUUUGAUUCCCUCCCCCCAGAAAGAGAGGAUGAAAUGCCUUAUCAGAUCUAAGUAAGGAUGGCAGUCCGUCCUCUGGGAGAUUCCUGUGGCAGUGUACAAACUAGGGAGUAGAUGGCAAAGAGCUGAACUGUCUUGUGGCACUUCUUGGAGUUCUGUUGGAUUUGCAUGAUCAGACAAUCGACUUUUGUAUAGGGCAAAAUUACACAUGAGGAAGAAAUUCCACCCAUGGUGCCAAAAAGGUGAUGUAUCUGUUGGUGAGGAGUGGAAAGUGUUAGUCCCCACAGCAAACCUAAGAGACAGAGGGCAGAAAUAACAUCAAGAAAUGUUUUGUGCUUCUAGUGAAAGCUCAGUUGUUCAGAUACAACCUUUCUAACGAAGUGAAAAAAGAACAGGAAGCCUUCCCCAGCUACCUUUUCCUAGGUAAUCUGUGAUCCCAGCAGUGGAGGGCAUUUCUUUUACUCUGGAUGUAAAAGUGGUUUCAUUCCUUCCCACUAACUGAAUAUCCAGUCUUGUGUUUACAGGUGGCAUGAAGUAAAAACCAAACUGAGCAACACAGUUUUAUGUGGCCUUUGCUUUGAAAGGGAAUAGUUGUCUUUACAGCAUUAGCUUUUCUUUCUUGUUUCUAAACACAGACCACCCAACAGUCUGGAUUCUGCACUUGUUGUGUUUUUGGUUUUUUUUUAAUUUUUGAAAAGAGGUUUUAUAUUCUCUGUGCUCAGAAAAAUGGUGCAGCCCUCUGGGUGGAUGAGCACAGCUUCCUCUCUUGCUUUGUGUGUGUGUAUUCAAUACACCUGUCAAACACAGGAAUUCUGACUUUUCAGGAUUUAAGGUGCCUCCCUUUUCCUUUAAAACUCAGUCAGGGCAUCUUUUCGGAGCCCUGGACUGACACUGUUCUCCCACAGGUACCCAGGGCAGCAUUCCCACAGGCUGACCCUUGCUGGGAGUUUUGUUUGAUCCCUUAACAAGAUUCCUGAGCUUCCCUGUCCAUUCCUUCGAGCUUUGUCUUCUAGAGCCUCCAAAAAACAGAGGUGUGAGGGGAAAACUCCUGCCAGGGGGUGCCUUGCAUGUCGUGGUGGGCGUGAGGUCUCAAAAAUGAGACCAGGUGCCCCCCAGUGCAUUUUGCAGAGCCUCAUCAAUGUUCCUUGAGUAGUGACAGUCUCAGUAAUUCAGCAAUUCGCAUGCCUUGUGAAUGUCUGAGCUGAGGAUACACAAAUUUUAAGUCUUUCAGGACGAAUUAAACAAAAAUAACCAUAAAAUAAAGGUCUUGCUGUAAAUUCUAAGAUGGGUGCAGGGUUUCUCUUGGAUGAUAUCCAUUGCCUUUUCCUGGAGGCAAAAUAUCCAAACUUUACGCUGUGAUGAUAUGAAUUGUUGAAUUUUCAGUGUUAUUGUUAAGAGUCAGAUGCAUUUCAAAAGAAUUCCUGAUUGUCUGUUGAAAUUGUCUCAUUGCCCUGGAAGCAGGGAAGGUGCAGCCAGUUUUAUCCACCCACCCAAAAGAAGCAGCCAGCUCCUCUCCCCCUGCCAUGCUCUGCCCUGUGUGACUUCAGACAGCAUUGGAAUUUUUCCCUGUUCUUCUCUGGACUGAUUGCUCUUACUUUAGGUGUAAACUGGAUUGUGUGACUUCCUGUACCCCUUCAUCUAUGGGUAGAUUUUUUUACUCUUUUUUUUUUUUUUCCCCAUUUACAAAAAAAUGAACUUUUUCAAUGAGAUGUUUGUGUUCAUUUGGGGUGUGUGUCCUUGUGCCUGCGAGUGGAGCCCUCUGGAUGUGGGAUUUUCCAUGGCAAUUGCUUCUCCUGCUGGCUGAAGGAUUUCCUCUAACCCACUGUGACCAGCUGAAACUCACAGCUAAAAUAUCCUCAUUUUUCCUUUUGGAUUUGAUGUGGAAACCAAGUUGUACUCAAGUUCUGGCAGGACAAACAGUCUGUACCUUGGUUCUCUAAGCCAGGUCUAAGCCUCUGAGAGCUGCCAAGCCAAGGCCACCUUCUGGGGCUGUUGGGAUUUGUGGUGAGCUUGUCCUGCAGGGUCACACCUGGUGCUGCCUCGUGUGUUUACAGCAGAAUCUGCUCUUCAUCUCUCCAGACGUGGAAGCAAGGCAGUCACUGCCUCUGCACCCAUGAGAUCUCACUUUUAUUCUGAAUUUUCUGAAGAGGAAAUGAGCUUAGCCGUGCUUUUAAACGUCCUUGCAAACAAAAGAAUUUCACGUCAGAGCAGGAGGAAACCCUGAGUUGUAGGGUUCUGAUUUUGCCCUUUCAAGUCAGUGUUUUGAAAGAACUAUUUGGGUUUCCAAAAAAGACAUCCCUGUAGGAAAUACCUGAAACUCCCAUUUUAAAUUAUUCCCUGUGACUCCAGACUCCACCCUACGGUGAGGACUUGAGGCAUUGGAUGCUUUGCAGUGGUGGAGUUAAAAACUUCUUGCUCUAGGGAAAGUUAUUAGCUGUAUUCUAGGUGGUAUCUGGACUGCUGAAGAGGAUUUUUAUAAGGAAAUAAAAUGGAAAAGGGGUACAAAAAUCCGUGAGAGAUGAGCCUGUGAAUGUUUGAUGUGAUCUCUCAAAUACUUGCAUUUAUGUGCGCUGUAAAAAAUGAGAUCUGCGAUGUCGGUGGCCCUGUCUGCCACCAGCUCCUGGGUAUUUCUCAUUUAUUUCUCUUUCUCUGCGUGACACACGGGCUCUUGGGGCUGGGAAUGGCUGUGAUGAGUCUCUGCUUUACUGGAGUUGUUUGAAUUUGCAAAUUGGGGACGUCAGUGAGGGGUUUGUCCCUGGAAUGUGGGAGAGAGGGGCAGGGAGGAGGAGCAGCCCUGCCGUGUCUGGUACAGCAAUGUUUAAAGCACAAGUCUUCUACAUUUCUACAGUGGAGACUGUUAAGGAGUUCUGGCAUUUGUCUUUUUUAAUUUGCAACCUUAUGUUAAUAAACUAUUAGCCUUUUUAGUUCCAUAAUUAAAAAUAAAACUCUUACGUGUUUCA